CACACAGAUGUGUUUUAACAUAGAAGAGUGUCACGCUGACACAUAGUGUCACGGAGGCAGAUUCAUUCAGACCUGAAGUAGCUUGUGUAUUCGUUUACAUCAAUUCUAUGUGGAGGUCCAUUCGCUUCAUUUGGACACACUCGCCAGGACAGACUUUGUCAGUAGUCUAUCAGGUCUCUGUAAGAAUGAACAAGUGGUAGCUCUCUGUCCAGCGUUUCCACGCAACAGCGGCUGAGAAGUGACGAAGCUCACGGAGGGAUACAUGCUGUUACAGAGACCGACGCACAGUAGAUGUGGUGUGGGUCUCAGUAGGACCCUGUGCGCCUUUUAAACCCAAUGGAGCGACAGGAUGAUGGAGGUGAGGCGGUGGGGCGCUUAAUCCACCACGACGGUGCAGAGGAGCCCGGUUCUCCUCCCCUGGUUAGUAAUCACUCAGGCAGCCCAUCGCAGGAGGAGCCCACCAUGAUGAGGAGGAGCGACAAAUACGUGCCGGUCCCUGGCGAGGAGAAGAACUCAGAUAUCAACAUCAAUCCCAGGAGCAGCGAGUCUAUACCAAUGAAAAAUCUUCAUGCGGAUCACGUCUCCCCCCUAUACCCUGGGCUAGGCCCAUACUUUUCUGAUGGGUGUCGCCGGGUGGACUAUGUGUUGGCAUACCACAUCCAGAAGCCCAGCAGCGUCCGGCGCAGGUCAUCCAAAUUUGGCGAAAACAACUUCAUCCGAAGACUUCGCCGCAGCCUGAGUAUGAGAAGCAGCAGAGCCCCACUGCAGCCAAAGGAGGACCCGGAAAUCGCUGCCCAGGAGCAAGGGACGGACUAUCAUGAGGAUGACAAGCGCUUCAGGCGAGAGGAGUUUGAGGAGAACCUCUUGGAGACAGGACUGGAGUUAGAAAAGGAUGAAGGGUGUAAGAUACCUGGAAUUGGGUUCUUGAAGAUCCAUGCUCCUUGGAAUGUUCUGUGUCGAGAAGCUGAGUUCAUGAAGCUCAAGAUGCCAACAAAGAAGGUGUACGAUGUGAAACAAGGAAGUAAUCUGGUGGAGAAGGUCAGACUCUUCAUUCACAAAGUCACAGCUCCACUGCAUCCAAAAGUAGAUGCCAACAGACCACAAACACUCAAAUCCCUCUCUCAUCCUUUCUCAAGGGAGAAGCAGCAUCUAUUCGAUCUGUCUGACAGGGACAAGUUCUUCGACAGCAAGACCAGGAGCUCAAUUGUCUAUGAGGUACUGAAGAGGACAAGAUGCACCAGAGCCAAAUACUCCAUGGGGAUCACCAGUCUGCUAGCCAAUGGUGUCUACACGUCAGGUUAUCCUCUGCAUGAUGGAGACAUCGAGGAGGUGAAUGCGGAACCUAAUGACAGAAAGCUACUUUACCAGGAGUGGGCCAGCUACAGUGUCUUUUACAAGUACCAGCCCAUUGGACUCAUCAGGAAGUAUUUUGGGGAGAAGGUUGGACUGUAUUUUGCUUGGUUAGGAGUCUACACACAGAUGCUGAUCCCUGCAGCCAUCGUUGGAGUCAUUGUAUUCCUCUACGGCUGUGCCACUGUAGACGAUAACAUCCCUAGUAUGGAGAUUUGUGAUCCAAGGAACAAUAUCACCAUGUGCCCGCUGUGUGACCGUGCCUGCAGCUACUGGAAGUUGGUGAGUGCUUGUGGCACAGCCCGCGCCAGCCACCUGUUCGACAACCCAGCCACUGUCUUCUUCUCCAUCUUCAUGGCCCUCUGGGCGGUGCUUUUCAUGGAGCACUGGAAGAGACGACAGAUGCGUCUCAACUACAUUUGGGACCUGACAGGCUUCGGCGAGGAGGAGGAGGAGGAACAUAAGGACCACAACCGAGCAGAGUAUGAGUUCCGAGUCAUGCAAAAAACAAUGAGACUGGAACAUUCAACUCCAAAGGGGGAGAAGGUGAAGCUGACAUGUACAGACAGACUGCCAGCUUACCUAACCACUGUGGUCACAAUGGGCUUCCUAAUUGCUGUGACGUUUGCCAUAGUCUUCGGAGUCAUCCUGUACCGGAUUAGCAUUAAGGCAGCGCUGCACAUGAGCAACUACCCUGCAGCACGGUCCAACAUCAGAGCCACUGUCAAAACCACCGCCGCCAUCAUCAACCUCAUAAUCAUCAUCAUCUUGGAUGAAAUCUAUGGCGCCAUCGCCCGCUGGCUCACCACACUGGAGGUUCCAAAGACAGACAAGAGCUUUGAGGAGCGCCUCAUCUUCAAAACUUUUAUCUUGAAGUUUGUCAAUGCCUUCACACCCAUUGUCUAUUUGGCCUUUUUCCGGGGCAGGCUUGUUGGGCGGCCUGGAAACUACUUGUAUGUUGUUGGAUCAUACAGAAUGGAAGAGUGUGCUCAUGCGGGCUGCCUCAUGGAGUUGUGCAUCCAGUUGUGCAUCACCAUGCUGGGCAAGCAGCUCAUCCAGAACAACCUGUUUGAGAUCGGCAUACCGAAGCUGAAAAAACUGCUGCGGAAGAGGAAGUCAGAUUCUAAGCAGGAGGAAGAGCUGACCAACAGCCUGCAUCGUCACGAGAAAGACCACCUACUGGGUCCAUUUGUUGGCCUCAGCCCAGAGUACAUGGAGAUGAUAAUCCAGUUUGGAAUGGUUACUCUUUUCGUGGCCUCCUUCCCUCUGGCUCCACUCUUCGCUCUUCUGAAUAACAUAAUUGAGAUUCGGCUGGAUGCCAAGAAAUUUGUUAUGCAGCUGCGCAGGCCAAUUGCAGCCAAAGCCAAAGACAUUGGUAUCUGGUACAACCUUUUGAGAGGCCUCAGCAAGGUAGCAGUCAUUGUUAAUGCCUUUGUCAUCUCCUUCACCUCUGACUUCAUCCCUCGGCUGGUCUAUCAGUACAUGUACAGCCCUGAUGGCACCAUGCAUGGCUUCGUCAAUCACACUCUGUCUCACUUCAAUGUCAGUGACUUCCAGCCAGGCACAGAACCCCUGCAACCAAUGCACCUGAAGCAUGAGGUAGACAUAUGCAGAUAUAAGGACUACAGAGAGCCUCCCUGGUCCGGCACACCUUAUGAACUCUCCAAGGAGUUCUGGGCCAUUCUGGCAGCCCGCCUUGCCUUUGUUAUCGUCUUUCAGAACAUGGUGAUGCUUAUGAGUGACUUUGUAGACUGGCUAAUCCCAGACAUCCCCAAGGAUAUCAGCCUCCAGAUCCACAAGGAGAAGAUCCUCAUGGUGGAGCUUUUUAUGAAGGAGGAGCAGGGCAAAAGACUUGCUGCGCGUGACAACCACAACCAGGACAACUGCACCUCCACCUCAUCAGCUAAUCAAAGCCCACCACAGCCACGCUCACGGCCCAUCUCACAUGCCAACUGCUGUUAGACUGCUUGCUGUGGGAUAUGAGAGAAGCCAACACCCCAACUUGUAUACAAACUGUAAAUAAGUUGAUCAGCUGCUUAUAGCUAGCUGGUAAUGGGUAAUGUGCAUCCUUCAACAUAUGUUCAUUUUGUAAUACAUAUUUUAGCUUUUGUUACAUUUAAAUUGUUUGGGAAUAUUUUCUGGAAUGACCUGACUUAUUUUGAAGUGUUCACAUUAGAAUUCCUUCAGCCGAUAAACUGGCUGUUUUUGCUUGUUUGUUUUUAACACUUUUCCCAUGUUAUUUUGAUACAUUUUUCAACAAGCCAGACAUAACCUUAUCAGGCAUUACCAAAAAUCCAGGAAGUAGCAGACUUGGUAUUAGUAGACAAUUACUCAUCCACAGGGUUUAUGAUCACAAAACAUUAUUUAUUGGAUGUAAUUAAAAGGAACAAGCCAUUAUCUUCAUAAGACUCGGGGGAAUUCACUCAUUGAUGAGAGCAUUCAGGAUGUCUGAGACAAUAACACCAAACUGCAACCUAAUAUGAAUCAUAUUUUUGAGCAUGAAGUUCAUACCUAGCAACUUAAUGCAGCUUUUGUACUGGAAACUGCCUGUCAGUCAAUCCAAAUGGUCUUGAUAUCUUAAGGGUGAGAUACAAAACCAAUGAAUACUAUCAAUAUAAACAGCUCAGACAGGCCUUUUUCUGUUUUGCACAAUUCUAUACAAAUGCAGGAAUUUAUUGAUGUUUUUCUUUAAUAUGCAACAUGGUCAGGCACUUGGGCUUUUGUUGUUUGGACACAGGUUUUGAAGGACCAGAACCAGCCUAUUGAUUUGUACUAUUCUCUUGUGUGAGCGCCACAGUGCUUAUUGUUGAACAAACAGCCUAACAGUGCUCAGUGGCAUUAUUCCUGAAAGCACAAGUCAUAAUUAUUCAUUGUAAUGAACUGGAAUUAAAGCUGCAAGAUUGGUGGGUUCAGACUUACAAUAUAAAUACAAAGGGAUGUCAUGAUGUCCACAGAGUCGGAAAAUUUAAAUAAUUCCAGUAGUGUUUCCUGUGUUUCUGCUGUAUGAACUAUAUUUUGUCCUCAGCGGAACAGCAUAAAACAAGCAUAUAACACUGACAUCUUAUCACCUUAUAAAAUCUGAUAUGGUGAAAGUAUUUGCAAAAGUCAUUUUCAUGUCCAACAUAAAUCAUCAUUAGCAUUCAUAUGUAUAUACAGUGUCUAUCAGUCAAGUAAUCACUUUAGUUCAUUCAGUUUAGUUUACCUCUGAUUAACUUGUAACUAGCAGAUUAUUUACUUUAUCUGUCUGCAGUCUGGUGAUGAGCAGGAACAAUUGUUUUCUCUCUUAGUGUUUUUGAAGCUUCCUGCUAUUGGAAAUGAGUUUUAAACUAAAAUACUCUAAAAUACUGUGUAGAGCUAAAAGGUCCAGUGUUUAAGAUUAAGGUGAAGGGGAUCUAUUGGCAGGAAUUGAAUAUAAAAUAAUCCUAUUUUUUUUCACUAGUGUGUUUCAUCUAAAUUGUACGAAUUGUUGUUUGCUUUACCCUAGAAUGGGCCCUUUAUAUUUAAAUACUUUAUAUUUACAUUGGGA